AUGUCGGAAAUGAAGAAGAUCUUUACCUCCAACUCUAUGGCUCAGAUCCAAUCCAUACUCAACAAACAAUAUCAAGGUUCUUCCAAACUAACAGCUCAACAGAGCCAAGCAGUCCAAGUCGGCAACCACAUCUUCGUGUCGGGCCAAAUCCCCGCCGACAAGAACGGCAACCUGGUUGAAGGCAGCAUCGCCGACAAGACAAAGGCAUCCUGUGAAGGCAUGAAGGCCAUUCUCGAAGAAGCAGGUAGCAGCAUUGACAAAGUGAUCAAGGACUUUGCAGAGAUGAACGGCAUGUACGAAAAGUACUUUUCACACAAGCCUGCUCGCAGCUGUGUUGCUGUCAAGGAGCUCCCCAAGGGUGUUCCUGUCGAGAUUGAGGCCAUUGCUCUUGCGUAA